AUGGCGGAAUACGGUGGCGUACAAGGAGAUGCCGUUGGAGCAGAAGUGGCUGAUGGCGGAGCUGGUUACUCGGAGGGACUCCCGGAAGUCUUGUAUCUAAUGCAAUACUGCGCUCAAGCCUUUGCUCCGGAAGAUAACUCGGAAGACGCCAGGAAUGCGGCAAACCGCAGUUGGGACCCUGUCCGAGACUGGUUGCACACCCACGAUGAAAAUGAAAUUAGAGAUGCGGCCGAGCAACGAGAUGAUGUAGGAAAGACGGCCCUUCAUUUUGCCUGUCAGCACGUGCCUCCUACCGAUGUGAUUGAUAUCUUUUUGAAUGUGGCUGGAGAUAUCAUUCAAUGGCCUGAUUCUUUUGGAUGGUUGCCCAUUCACUACGCUUGUGCUUAUGAUGCGGAACCGGCCGUUAUCAAGAGUCUAGCGGAAGCCUUUCCCGAGUCCAAAACAACCGUGGAUCGAAAGGGCCGUACACCCUUGCAUUUCUUUCUCGGAACUCUGGGUACCCAGAGUACCAACUCUCCAGAUGUUGUCAUCCUAUUGAGUAAUACAGGAGCUGCCAGUUAUCCGACUGAUGAAGGUUUGCUGCCCUUGCACUUGGCUUGUGCCUUUGGUCGGUCCGAAGAAACCCUAUAUGUCUUGACCGAUGCUUAUCCAGAAGGAGCCACAACAGUGGAUAACAAGCAACGUACUCCACUGCAUUUCGUGCUCUCCAAUGCUGGCCGAAAGAAUGCUCCUUCGGCUGUCCGACUGCUGCUUUCUCAGAACCCUGAUCUGGUUAAUUCCAUCGGGGGAGGACCUUUGCCUCUUUUGGUCUUGGCACAAUUUGCUAUUACCGGUGUGGAUCGAUCCAACGAAGACCAAAUUGACGCCGUUCAAGGCUGUCUCAAGCACAUUUUGAACUCGAAACCAAAGCCCACUCCAGAGUUUUUCUCUGCCCUGCAGCGUUUGCCUUCCUUCUUACAAGACAGGGCUGUUGUUAUGAGAGCAGUUCAAGAAAUGCUGAAUGACAAGAUUGCUCAGAGAUUUCCGACCAUGAUUUUGAUCCUGGAUCUGUACAUGCAACUUGUAGUCCUCGCGGCUUACAUGUUUGCCGUCACCAAUUCGCAGCAUCUACGCAAAAUCCAACUUGAUUUCUGCGAAGAUAAGAUUGAUUGUGAGGUUGACCUCCGACAAAUUGGUUUCCUCUAUGAUGAAGCCCCUCACGACUGGGGUCCAAAUUACAGAUGGCUCAUGGUUGGAGGCAUGUAUGCUGGAGCCUUUUACUUUAUCAUGCGCGAAGUCUUUCAAGCCGUUUCUCUAGCCGCCCUUGGUGCCUUUCACAUUUACGUCCGCGAUCUUUCCAAUUGGCUCAACUUUGUCUACAUUUUGUUGGUCUGCGUUUGGGCUACGUUGGUACUAUUUGGAGGGGGUCCCUUCUUUGUCUUUGUCUACGGUACUUCGAUAUCGGUCUUUAUCUUGAUUAUCAAGUUCUUGGCGUAUCUGAGAAAUGUGUACAUUGAUUUUGCCAUUUUCUCUGGAGGUGUUUUCCACGUGUUGAGUCGCCUCUCCGCCUUUAUCUUUUGUUUGGUCAUUUUCUUGGUGGCUUUUUCGAGAAUGUUUUACACAAUGUUUCAAGAAACACAAUAUUGUGCUGAUGCACCGCCGUAUUACUAUGCUUAUUCUGAAAACAAGGAAUUACGACAUGAGCUGAUCCAUCAAAUUCAGUGCGAUGCCUACGACCCUUCUCCCUGGUGCAAUCACUGGAGUGCUCUUCUCAGCGUCUAUACGAUGCUUUUGGGAGAAGUCGACGAAGGAAGAUUCAUUGACGACGAAGUGGGCUGGUUGGCAGUGGCCAUGUUUGCCCUGUUUAUGUUUUUGAUGGUUAUCUUGUUGGCCAAUGUGUUGAUUGCUAUCGUGACAGACUCUUACAAAGUUAUUCAAGAUGAACGUGCUGCAAUUGUGUUUUGGACCAAUCGUUUGGAUUUCAUUGCACAAAUGGAUGCCGUCGCCAACGGUCCAUGGAAAAGAAAACUUCGCAAGAUGUUUGGUUUGUCCAGCCGCAAAAAGAAGCGUGAAGGAGGCAAGAAGACUGUCUUUGGAGAAAGUACUUGGGAGCGGAUGACAAAUCUCUUGUUUGAUGAUGAUCAAGACCUUGGAAUCUUGAACAUUGAAUUCUACUGCUACUUUAUUUUGAAAGUACUGACAGUAGCCUUCAUCCCCAUUUGGUUCUUACUCGGUAUUGUCACAUUUGGAAUCCUGUGGCCACCCCAGAUUCGUCGAUUCUUCUUUACUUCCAGUGUGACCAAGCUUAGUGAGAGUGAUAGAGAAGAUGCUCUCCGUAAGACGCAAAUUGACAGUUUGCACGUGGAAAUUGAAGAUUUGAAGACUGAGCUCUUAAAGGAAAUGGCUGUCGAUCGGACCAAUGUAGUUCAAUUGAAGAGUUCAGUGGCCGAAAAGAAGCUGGAGAUUCAAAAUGAAAUGAAACACAUCAAGCGAGUUGUUACGAUGCUCUUUGAACAAACCGCAGGAAUGUAA